AUGAGAAAAAUGGAGGAGGAUUGUGGCCCGCUGGAGCGCAGGGCAGGGCUGCUGGCAGAAAGCUCCCUGAGCCCUGCAGACCUUCGGCGGAAGCUUCUGGCUCCCGACUGCCCGUGUGGGACCGCCUUGGAGCCUACGGGGUGGAAGCUUGACCUUCCACUCCAUGAAACACCACCGGCAGGCUCCAAGGGAAGCCUGGGUCAGGGCUGGUCCGGAAGGUGCGUGGGGCUCCGGCGUGGGCCAGGCGCGUUGCCAGGCUGCCGGGGAAGGGCCACCCAUCGCAGCAGCCGGCAGGCUCAGCGGAGCGCCGGCGCCGGCUGCAGCCCCCGGCCCAAGUAUCAGGCGGUGCUGCCCAUUCAGACGGGCUCUCUGGUGGCGGCGGCCAAAGAGCCUACGCCCUGGGCUGGGGACAAGGGUGGGGCGGCUCCCCCAGCUGCCACCGCCUCGGACCCGGCGGGACCCCCACCACUACCUCUGCCCGGGCCGCCACCUCUCGCGCCCACCGCCACUGCCGGGACCCUGGCGGCCAGCGAGGGCAGAUGGAAGAGUAUGAGGAAGAGCCCUCUCGGGGGUGGCGGCGGCUCGGGAGCCUCCAGUCAGGCCGCCUGCCUCAAACAGAUCCUUCUGCUGCAAUUGGACCUCAUCGAACAGCAGCAGCAGCAGUUGCAGGCCAAGGAAAAAGAGAUCGAGGAGCUCAAGUCCGAGAGAGACACGCUCCUUGCUCGGAUUGAACGUAUGGAAAGGCGGAUGCAGCUGGUAAAGAGGGAUAACGAGAAAGAAAGGCACAAGCUGUUUCAGGGCUAUGAAACUGAAGAGAGAGAGGAAACAGAGUUGUCUGAGAAAAUUAAACUGGAGCGCCAGCCGGAGCUUUGUGAGACAUCCCAGGCUCUGCCUUCCAAGCCUUUCUCAUGUGGACGGAGUGGAAAGGGACACAAAAGGAAAACCCCAUUUGGAAAUACAGAAAGAAAGACUCCUGUUAAAAAGCUGGCUCCUGAAUUUUCAAAAGUCAAAACAAAAACUCCUAAGCACUCUCCCAUUAAAGAGGAACCAUGUGGUUCCUUAUCAGAAACUGUUUGUAAACGUGAAUUGAGGAGCCAAGAAACCCCAGAAAAGCCCCGGUCUUCAGUGGAUACCCCACCAAGACUCUCCACUCCCCAAAAGGGACCCAGCGCCCACCCCAAGGAGAAAACCUUCUCAAGUGAGAUGGAAGAUUUGCCGUACCUUUCCACCACAGAAAUGUAUUUGUGUCGUUGGCAUCAGCCUCCCCCAUCACCGUUACCAUUACGGGAAUCCUCUCCAAAGAAGGAGGAGACUGUAGCAAGGUGUCUGAUGCCAUCAAGUGUUGCAGGAGAAACUUCAGUCUUGGCUGUUCCUUCUUGGAGGGACCACUCAGUAGAGCCUCUAAGGGACCCAAAUCCUUCAGACAUUUUGGAGAACCUAGAUGACAGUGUGUUUUCAAAGAGGCAUGCAAAACUGGAGCUAGAUGAGAAGAGAAGGAAAAGAUGGGAUAUUCAGAGGAUCAGGGAACAAAGAAUUUUACAGCGACUACAGCUCAGAAUGUAUAAAAAGAAAGGAAUUCAGGAAUCUGAGCCUGAGGUUACCUCAUUUUUCCCUGAGCCAGAUGAUGUUGAAAGUUUGAUGAUCACCCCCUUCUUGCCUGUUGUAGCAUUUGGACGACCAUUACCAAAAUUAACUCCACAGAACUUUGAGCUACCCUGGUUGGAUGAGCGAAGCCGUUGCAGGUUGGAGAUCCAGAAGAAGCAAACACCUCACCGGACGUGUAGGAAGUAGCUGUGCUGGCAAGAACCCUGUCUUCAGAUAGUUGUAGCAUGCCGUUCCAAGAGAAUGGCAGAGACCUGUAUAUGUGACCUAUGUCCUCAUGUAUGUUACCACUCACUGGUAAUGCCUUUCCAUACCCCCUUCAUUUUAGUUGUGUUUUCUUCACUCUGAGUUCACAAAACAAACAAACGAAACCUCUUGCAUUGGGCUAAUUGUGAAUUCUGGAGAGUUAUUGGCACUUCUUUUCCCUUUUUGGGGAAAUGAGCUCUUGAGCUUGUCCUUUAGGGUGGUAGAUUUGGGAGUUUCGGGAGCUACUUCUACUCACUUGCCUAUAUUAAAGGGGUACAAGGGCUCUUCAUUAGCCAUGUCAAAGAUGGAGGAACCCCUGCCUUGUAGGAUCUGUGCCUGCCCUGACCCUGUUGGUCCCUGGUGCACCUUCUGAAUAGUUGGGGUAUAGUAGAUUUUACACUAAAAUAAAACAAAAAGACCUUACCAUGAGCUUCAGGGCCCAAGGAGGAAUAACAAGAUGAAGCAAGUCAUCCUCGUAGAGGAAGAAAUGAGAGCAUUGUGUGAAAGUUGGUUCUCUUAAAACUAUUCUUUGAUAAAGGAAGUGGAUAGAUGUGUGGGGCCGAUCACUUUCUUUAUUAAUGGGUAACUGAAGUUCUCCCCCCCUAAAAAAUAUUUAGAAAAAGAGAUUGGGGAUAUAAGUUUACAACUAGUUACAGUGCUGAACAGAUGCAUUGUCAUUUGGGGAUGGCAUGCCAGAAUCUUUAUAGAUGUCCUUGUGUCACAUCACUUCUCAAGUAUUCCUUAGUGGGGUUUCAUCCUAUUAGCCAAACUUUGGUGGUGAGGUAGAAAAUUUGGUGAGGGUGGGGGGUGGGUAUGGAAAGAUAUGCUUCCUUUGGCUGGCAAAUGUCUACAUCUUGAAACAGUUGUACCUAAUGAACCUCUAUUCGUUAGUAAAAAUAGAUUUAUACAUGUACCAUCUUGGUUCCCAUAUCCUGCCCUUGUUUUGUUCCCAAAAGAAAAAAAGAAAAAAGGAAAAAAAAAAAAUCAGGACAGCACUCCCAGGCCACUAUGGUCUCAAUGUAAGAUCCCUGUUAACUAUCUGAAAGGAAAAUAGAGCUGAGACCUCUGGUCUUAUAUAUAGGAAUUGCCUUUCAUUAGUCUUCAGGACUAUUGUAUAAAAAUAAGUAGGGGUCUAAUCUCCUAGGAAGUAGGGGCUUUUAUCCUUGAAGAGACUAUGUCCCCGGAUUAUUAGCACUUUUAGAGGAGAAGCCAAGGUAUGUAGGGUGUGUGGCUGACCUAUCAGCUGAGCAUGAGAGAAUGGGAUUGCCAUUGUGGGAAGAGAAAAAAGUUCCUCAGGGGCCUCCCACUGCUAAAGCUUUUUUUGAGAUGUUAUCUCUGCUCCCUGGGUUUGACUUUGAAAGGAAUUAUUCCAGCAGUACAUGUAGUAUUCUUGGAUAAUCUUGCUGCUCUCAAUUCUCUUUUGUGUGUGUUUGUGUGUGGCUAUGGGUUUUUAUUUGCAACUCCCAUCUGCUUAGGAGUGUGGUCUCUCUGGAGCAGAAGCUGCUGUGAACUUCACUGCAGCAAGGAUGUAGAGAGAAAGAGGACUUACUCCACAGAGGCUUUCAUCUCACACCUUCAGGAUGAGGAUAUAUCUAGAAAAAUUGGGCCAGAUUUUUGUGUUUCUGUUUUUUCUAAUGAGGCAAACUGGUUAGUGCUCCUACUCUGACCGAUGUUAUUUUUCUUUAUAAUGUGCUCCUCCCAUAAGGAGUAACCUCAGUCAGUUGUCUCUUUUGUUUCGUGGUCCCUCUCAGUUUCUUCUUGCUACCAUGAUUUGUCAAGAUUCCUAUUUGGGGUAUGGGUUAGCAGACCUAAGCUCUCACAGAGGAGUCAGCCCUCAGAUCUUGUUUUUGCUCAACUGAGAGGAAUCCAUGAGGUGCUAUCUGGCAGGAUUAAGUGGAUUCUAUUGCUUUGGUUUUCCUUUCCCUGAGGAACUGAUAUUUUUUUAUGUCCUCCUAGAUUUUCUUGGUUUGGGUAUGUUGAGGUUUGUUGAGAAGGAGGUUGAAGCAAAGUUCCAGGAGCGAAAUUACAGUGUGUUAAGAGUGUGGGGAAAAUUAGUUUUAUUUUUCCCUACAUGGGAUACAACACUGUGAAAUUCAGUCUUCAACAGAAAGGCCCUGCAGUUCUCCUAAAACAUAGUUCUUAUUUCUUUCUUUAACAAAGUUUAAGCUAGUGUUAAUAAAUUAAAAGAGAAAUUGCUUGUCUCUCCACCUCAGCUUUGUUUUAUGCCCGUUUCAUAUCGUUGUCUGUGCUGUAAUUCAUACUUUUGAUACCAUUUCUGAUGUGUAAAGUCGGCUGUCUUGUAAAUAUCUUAUAAAGAGUUCAAUUGUAAAUAAACUAUUGUGGCCGUUAAUUUUUGAA